ACGACAUCACCGAAUUUGACUUACCUCUAUGGCGCGCCUUCCAGGCAGGAAGAAAGGGAGAGAAAUUUCCACGGCGAACGCAUAGCCAGGCAACUAGUCCCAACUCCCAACAUUUUUGUCUCUUCGUCGACGAAGACGGCGGCGAAAGUUUGCAGCUUGCGAAGAGACACCCCCACCCAGAGCGGAGGCAUGGAGCCCUGGAGGCUCCAUACUUGAUCCGCGGCCGCCUCUGUUCAGGGUUUCUCCUUUGUCUUGCUCCUCUGCUCGCCGAGAUGCUACAGAGCAGCACGUAAAUCUUCUUCAGAAAUAUAAUUACAUGAUAGGUUGAUAUAUUUUUGAACAAGUUUAGCAGAUAUGGCAGAUGGGCUUUUUGUUGUUCUCAGAAAAGUUGCUCUUACCUUGGGAGAUAGGAUGCUAGAGAAGAUUGGCUACCAGGUGGUUGAAGCAGCACCAAUCAUGACAGAUUUUGAGCAUAGCAUGAAACAAAUUGAGGGCGAACUUUCAAUUCUGCAGGCCUUUAUACACCAAGUUAGUGCACAAAGAGCUGGUGACAAGGCAUUUGAUGCAUGGUUGGACCAAGUUAGAGAUGUUGCUCAUGAGGUUGAAGACAUCAUUGAUGAGUAUGCUUACCUUACUGUGCAAGCUGUGGAUACAAGCAGCUUCAUCAAGAGAAAGUUCCAUCAGAUCAAGAACAUUGCAGCAUGGCAGAAGUUCCCUAGCCAGAUCAGUCAUGUAGAAGCUCGAAUUCAGAGGCUAGCAGAAAUGAGAAAUCGAUAUGGCUUCUCGGUUAGUGAACAGGACACGAAUAACAAUUUGCAGGUCUCUGAUCAGCUUUGUCUGUCAGAUUCUGCUUACCUAAUAGAUAACUCUGAGAUAGUGGGAAAUGCUGAUGAAAUUGGAAAAUUGACCCAAUGCCUACUUGAGGAGAAGCAAGAUCGGACUCUGAUUGCCAUCCUUGGUAUGGGAGGUUUAGGGAAAACUGUUAUCGCCAGCAGUUUGUACAAGAAUCAGAAGAUAAGAACAUAUUUUGACUGUCAUGCCUGGGUUACCGUGUCUCAGACUUAUCAAAUUGAAGAAUUGCUAAGAGAAAUCAUAAAUCAACUGAUAGAUCAGAAAUCAAGCAUAGCAAGUGGAUUUGUGACCAUGCGUAGCAUGAGAUUAAUUGAGGUAAUACAAAACUAUUUGCGGGACAAAAAAUAUUUCAUUGUCCUGGAUGACGUAUGGGAUAAAGAUGCCUGGCUUUUUCUGAACUAUGCUUUUGUCAGAAACAAAUGUGGAAGUAAAGUGCUGAUAACUACACGGAGAAAAGAUGUGUCUUCUUUGGCAGUUGAUAACUAUGUCAUUGAACUUAGAACUCUUCCAUGUGAUGAAUCUUGGAAAUUAUUCUGUACUAGGGCAUUUCAUGCAUCAAAAGAUAACAUAUGCCCUGAAAACCUCACGACUUUGGCAGAGAAAAUCGUUUCUAAGUGUCAAGGAUUGCCACUGGCUAUUGUAACCAUUGGAAGUGCUCUAUCAUACCAUGAAUUAAAGGAGCAGGAGUGGGAAUUUUUCUAUAACCAAUUUAGCUGGCAGUUAGCUUACAAUCCAGAACUAACAUGGAUCUCCAAUGUUCUGAAUAUGAGCAUGCAUGAUCUCCCAAGCCAUCUGAGGAGCUGCUUUCUGUACUGCAGCCUCUAUACUGAAAAUUACAAGAUUGAAAGAAAAUUGAUUUCCAAGCUAUGGAUCGCAGAAGGUUUUGUGGAAGACAGAGGAGAUGGAACAACAUUGGAAGAUGUUGCCAACUUUUACCUUACAGAACUCACUCAGCGUUCUAUUCUUCAAGUCACAGAAAGGAAUACAUGGGGAAGGGCUACAACAUUUGUUAUGCAUGAUCUUGUCAGAGAGGCAACCUUAAACAUUGCUAAAAAGGAGAAGUUUGGAAUCGCAUAUAGCGAUGCUAGUGUAACCCGAGUUACCCACGAAGCUCACCGCUUAAGCAUCCAAAGAGGUGCCCAGUCCUUACAUUCUUUAUCGAGUUCGCAACUCCGUUCGUUCAUCUUGUUCGACACUGAAGUGCCAUCUUGGAUAUACGAUGUUUUAUCAUGUUUCAGACUACUGACUACUGAGGGUCCUUUGCCUAAGAUUUUCCAAUAUUGAACAAGUUCCAGGCAUGGUCGCAGAGUUGUAUAAUUUGCGAUAUCUAGAUUUUUCUCACACAAAAGCGAAGCAGAUACCAGCAUCUUUCAGAAAACUUAUAAACCUACAAGUUUUGGAUCUCAGAUUCACCUACGUGCAGGAGUUGCCUUGCGAAAUAACUAUGCUAACUAAUUUGCGUCAUUUACACGUGUUUCUAAAUCAUGUUCUUAAAGCAAGGACAUUGAAUUGCUUCGGUGGUACAAAAAUUCCAGGCAAUAUUUGCCACCUGAAAAAUCUGCAAGCUUUGCUGACUGUUUCAGCCAACAAAGAUUUGGUUUCACAGCUGGGAAACUAGACACGGAUGAGAACUUUGGGUAUACUGAAAGUACGGCCAAGCUACAUUGCAGAAUUAUGGAGCUCCCUGACAAAGAUGACUAACCUGAGCAGGUUGCUUAUUUCGACGUGUGAUAUGGAUGAGAUUCUUGACUUGAGACCGCUGCAGCCAUUACCAAAUCUG